AUGUCUACGCUGCCGCCGCCCAAACCGACGCCGCAGCCGGAUGUCCCUGCGUCCAUCGCCACGCUUGACAGCUUCGUUGGGGCCACCACUGAUCCGUCGCAGAAGCCAAAGGCCAAGGCUCCUGUAAAGAAGGCGCCGGCGAAGAAGUUGACGCAAACCACCCUCAAGACCAAAGCCGCACCCAAGAAGCGCGCGAAACCCGACAGCGACGACGAUGACGCCGCUUCCUUUUCCAACACACCUCCCAGCUCUAAGAAGCUUAAGAAGGCUCCUGCCGCCAAGAAGUCGAGCGGGAACCCCCUGGCGGAAAUCGAGAACGACAGCAUGAUGCUCGACGAUGACGAGCCGGCCGCUUCAGCGCCAAAGUCGAAGAAGAAUGCCACCGACACCUACCAGAAGCUCACCCAGCUUGAGCACAUCAUCAAGCGUCCCGAUACCUACAUUGGCUCAGUCGAGCCUACAGAGCAACCCAUGUGGGUUUUCAACAAGGAGACGAAGCUUAUGGAGUACCGCAAGGUUACCUUCGUGCCUGGUCUCUACAAGAUCUUUGACGAAAUCUUGGUCAACGCUGCCGACAACAAACAGCGCGAUGCUACCAUGACCUACAUGAAGGUUACCGUCGACCGCGAGAACGGAGAGAUCUCUGUCGAAAACAAUGGAAAGGGUAUUCCUGUCGAGAUCCACGGAAAAGAGAAGAUUUACAUCCCGGAGAUGAUCUUCGGUCACCUCCUGACGGGUUCAAACUACGACGACGAGGAGAAGAAGACAGUGGGUGGUCGCAAUGGUUACGGUGCGAAGCUUUGCAACGUCUUCAGUGAGCAAUUCACUCUCGAGUGCCAGGAUUCCACCAACGGAAAAAGGUAUAAGCAGGUCUGGACCGACAACAUGAGCAAGUGCGGCAAGGCGAAAAUCACGAGCAGCAAGACUAGUGACUUCGUUCGUGUUACCUUCAAGCCCGAUUUCAAGCGUUUCAGCAUGACGGGCAUCGACGAUGACCUUGAAGCUUUGAUCCAACGCCGAGUCUACGACAUGGCCGGUACUGUCCGUAACGUCAAGACCUACCUGAACGGCACCCACAUCAAGCUUGCGUUCAAGGGUUACUGUGAGAUGUACGCCAAGGCCAUCGCCAAGGAACGCGGUGCCGAGGAGGGCGUCGAACCCAAGGUUGUUGUCGAGAUUGACAAGACCGAUGCUCACCCACGUUGGGAAAUUGGGUUCACGGUCUCGGACGGCUCGUUCCAACAAAUCUCGUUCGUCAACUCUAUUGCAACCACGUCUGGCGGCACACACGUCAACUACAUCGCCGACCAAAUCACUGGGUCCUUGCUCAAGACUCUCGACAAGAAGAAGAAGGGUCACGCCCUCAAGCAGAACCACAUCCGCAAUCAUAUCUUCAUUUUCGUCAACUGUUUUGUCAACAACCCCGCAUUCACUUCCCAAACAAAGGAGCAGAUGACUACCAAAGUCAGCCAGUUUGGUAGCAAGUGUCCCCUGACUGAGGAUUUCCUGAAGAAGAUCGCCAAGUCCGACGCCAUCCAGAACAUUAUCGAUUUCGCCGAGAAGAAGGCGGACAAGAUGAUGGCCAAGAGUGACGGAAACAAGCGGUCCCGCAUCAGCAACUCGAAACUAGUCGAUGCUAACUUGGCUGGCACCCGCCACGGCCAUGAAUGUACUCUGAUUCUCACGGAAGGUGACUCUGCCAAGAGUUUGGCUGUCGCUGGACGAGCAAUCCUGGACCCUGACCGCAUCGGAGUCUUCCCCCUUCGUGGUAAGAUGCUCAACGUACGUGAUGCAUCGAUUGACCAAAUCACGAAGAACCAGGAAAUCCAAAACAUCAAGCAAUUCCUUGGUCUCAAGCACAAGGCUGUUUACAAUGACACGAAGGGUUUGCGGUACGGUCAUCUCAUGAUCAUGGCUGAUCAGGAUCACGAUGGUUCUCACAUCAAGGGUCUUCUCAUCAACUUCCUCCAAGUCCAAUACCCCUCCUUGCUUCAGAUUCCGGAUUUCUUCCGAGAGUUCAUCACUCCCAUCGUGAAGGUAUGGCAGGGCCCGAACCCCAAGAAGCCGCAGCGCCUCAAGUCCUUCUUCACCCAGCCCCAAUACGAGGAAUGGAAGGAAUCACACACCAGCGAACUUUCUCGGUGGCACUACAAGUACUUCAAGGGUUUGGGUACCAGUUCAAACGAAGACGCCCAAGUCUAUUUCACCAACCUUGAUGACCAUCUGAAGGAGUUCAACACGAUGAAGCCUGAUGAGGCUGAGCUUUUCGAGCUCGCCUUCUCCAAGAAGAAGGCCGACGCGAGAAAGGAGUGGCUCGGCAACUUCGUCCCUGGUACAUACCUCGACCACUCCACCAAGUCUAUUACCUACACGGACUUUGUUAACAAGGAACUCAUUCUUUUCAGUAUGGCCGAUAACAUGCGAUCUAUCCCAUCUGUUGUCGACGGACUGAAGCCUGGUCAGCGUAAGGUCAUGUACGCCUGUUUCAAGAGGAACUUGACCAAAGAUCAAAAGGUUAUUGAGUUGGCUGGUUAUGUCUCCGAGCAGACGUCGUACCACCAUGGUGAAGUCUCCCUCCAACAGACAAUCAUUGGCCUCGCGCAAAACUUCGUCGGUUCCAACAACAUCAACUGCCUUGAGCCCAGUGGCAACUUCGGUUCCCGUCUUGCCGGUGGUUCAGAUGCUGCCAGUCCUCGUUACAUUCACACGAGACUGUCCCCUUUCGCGAGAAAGAUCUUCUCCACUCUCGACGAGCCUAACUUGGAGCCUCAGUAUGAGGACGGCAAGAGAAUUGAGCCCAGGUGUUAUGCCCCGGUCAUUCCCAUGAUUCUCUGCAACGGUGCUGAUGGUAUUGGUACUGGUUGGAGCACCUCAAUUCCCAACUACCACCCUAUGCACAUCGUUGAGAACCUGAAGAGACGUAUGGGCCGUCUUGACCCCGAAAACCCCGGGGGUGCGCCAUUUGAGCCUAUGAUGCCUUGGUUCCGCGGUUGGAAGGGUACCCCCCAGGUUGCCGACAAGGACAGAUACAAGUUCAACGGCAUCUGCGACAUUGACGAGAAGACUGGCGAGGUCGUCAUCACCGAACUUCCUAUUCGUAUGUGGACGGACGAUUUCAAGGCCAAGCUUGAAGAGGUCAUCAGCGGCACCAAGGGCCCUGUCUGGAUCAAGGACUACAAGGAGUUCAACGACCACAAGAACGUGCACUUUGUCAUCCAGAUGGAUGACAAGCACACCAAGGAUGUCAUGUCCGACGGUCUCAUGGAACGUUUCAAGCUCACCAAGCAGGUUGCCACCUCCAACCUGGUUGCCUUUGACACCAACGGCCAAAUUCGCAAGUAUGAGAAGGUCGAGGACAUUCUUGAGGAGUUCUACCACUACCGUCUGGACAUGUACGCCGAGCGCAAGAAGCACUGGCUCGGUGUCUAUCAUGCCGAUUUCAGAAAGCUGUCUGAGCAGGCUCGUUUCAUCAGGGAGAUUAUCGACGGAAAGCUCGUCAUUGCCAAGAAGAAGAAGGCCGUCCUGGUUGAGGAGCUCGCUAAGCGCAAGUACGAGCCGUUCCCGAGGAACAAGGACAAGCAAGCCAAGAAGAAGAACACCGAUGAGGAAAUGGAGGGCGACGAGGAGGACGAGGAAGGAGCGGACGAGCAAUCGAACGCCUACGACUACCUUCUUUCUAUGCCACUAUGGUCUCUGACGCAAGAACGCCUCGAUAGGCUGCAGAGGCAGAUCGAGAGCAAGAAGGCCGAACACGACUCCCUUCUUGCCCUGAGCGAGAAGGAUCUCUGGUGCCAAGAUCUGGACGAGUUCGUUGCCGAGUGGGAGAACCAGAUGGCCCUCGACGCUGAAAUCCAAACCUCCAUCCGCAGACUUGGUCGCCGCGUAUCCAAGAAGAUAGGUGCUGGCAAGGGUCGCAAGGCCAAGAAGGAUGAUGACGAGUAUGAGCCUGGCGAGCGCAAGAGGGCUACUGCGAAGGUCAAGGCAGCCGCAGCUCCCAAGGUGACAGAGAAGGCUGCUGAAAGAUUUGCUGCCAUGUUUGAGAAGGCCAAGGCCAAGAAGGAGGACGAGGACGCGUUUUCUGACGACGAUUUUGCCUCUCUCGGCAAGAAGACUUCUUCCAAGCCUGCCGCGCCUGAGAAACCACAAAGGGCGGCGACAACGAAGAAGAAGCCUAUCUACACCUUGUCCGAUUCGGACGAUGACGAAGAAUUCGCCAGCCUGGGCAAGCCCAGUGCAUCUGCUCCGGCGGAAUCUACCGAAGACGUUUCUUCGCAAAGUCAAAAGUCCGCGGCAGCCAAGAAGCCCUCGCCUCGGGUGGAAGAGUUAGACGAUAGUGACGACGAUUUUGCUGGUCUGGGCAAGAAGAGCUCCACAGAGAAGCCCGCUGCAGCUGUGGCAGUCAAACCAACUGCUUCUCGACGUGCUGCAUCGACUAAGAAGUACGUUAUCGACGACCUGUCUGACGAAGAUGAGUUUGCUAGCGCUGCUGAGGACAGUGCUUCUAUUGAGAAGAGCGCUUCUGUGGAGAAGAGCGUCUCCGUAGAGCCUGCACCCACCAAGUCUUCAAAGAAUGCUGCUGCUUCACGGGGCUCAAGAGCCUCUGCCGUCAAGAAGAAGCCGUCUUACGUCAUUGACGACUCCUCGGAAGAAGAAAGCGAGGCCGAUGACAACCAAAUUGGCGACAUUGGUGCUUUGGUCCGAGGUAUCGGCGGAUCAGCGAAGGAAUCUCAGACUGGCCGACUUAGCUUGUUCGCCAUGAACCGGCCUGAGGGCCGCGACUCGACCAUGCCCAGGAUCAAGACUAAACCUUCGAGGACUUUCGAUGACGAGGAGGUCGAUGAUACCAACUACGAGAUGCUCGCCCGGUCGUCCCCCCAUAAGACAAUGACCAAGGAGGAUGACAUUGACAGCUUCUUGAGCGACGACGGUGCGCCUGCCGCGAAGGCGUCCAAGGCGUCCACAUCCAAGGCCAAGCCCGCGCCAGCCGCUGCCGCGCCCGUCAAGAAGCGCGGCCGUCCUGCCGGAGCCAAAAACAGGCCCAAGGAUGACGAGGCCCCAGCAAAGGCCAAGCCCAAGCCCAAGGCGGCAGCCAAGACGACGACGCUGUCUCCCGCGGCCAAGGCAUACGCCGCAAAGAAGGCCAAGCGUGUGCUGUCCGAUGAUGAAGAUGAGGAUGUCGAGAUGGAGGAGCCAGAGUCCCCGCCACGGCCAGCUGCUAGAAGCCGCCCUGGACGUGCGGCUGCCACCAAGGCCAAGGCGAAGCCCAAGUACGACUUUGAUGAUGACAGCGAGAUGGACGUUGACGAGGCCAGCGAGGACCCGUUCGACAUGGAUGAGAGUGACUAG